AUUCAGCUGUCGGGCCCUGUUGCCAGCGAUCAGCGGCAGUAACAGUCUGCGGCCAGAGGAAUCAGCGGCACCAGCAAAAACAGCAGCAGCAGCAGCAGCGGCGGUGGUGGCAGCAGCAGCAGACUAAGUCCUUCGUGGGAUCUUCGGGGUUAGUUGAGAAGAUGUUGUGACAUUACUUAGCGAAGCAGCUUUCAGGCUGGCUGGAACCUGAUGGGGAGGACACUGAUCUCACACAGCUGAGGAUGUAUGAAGACGAAGUGGCUCUUAUGGAUAUGAGAUGCUGAACUGGACAGACACUCAUAUCAACUGGAAACCUUGGGUCAUGUGGGGGAGUAGAGGGCUCGCCUGUUUGUGUGUUGGCAUGGAUGUUUGUUUCUGAUCAGCUGUUAUCCGUCAGGAUUUUAGCACACGGGACUUUAAAAUAUUUACAACAACAUACCCAUCUGUUGCCUUGUAACUGAAGCAUCAACAGCAAGGCAGCUCACCAACGAAACACAUCAAAAUGACUUGAUUGUGUGCCUUUUGUUGUGUAUGCACCCCUGCUGAGUCACCUGAAUCCCCAACUCAAAACACCAGUGCUAUGCAUCAUUGCGGCUGUCUCACAUCUGACUCCAAACUGGUUACCUGAGUGCAGAAGGGUCAACUAUAACAGUACCAACCUCCACGGUGAACCUGUGACCUCUCUCGUUGUGUCCAUUAAGCUGCAGUAAUGUUUGCCGCGGUGGAGCACGGCCCUGUCCUCUGCAGUGACUCUAACAUCCUGUGCCUGUCCUGGAAAGGCCGCGUGCCCAAGAGUGAAAAGGAAAAGCCGGUCUGCAGGAAACGCUACUACGAAGAGGGCUGGCUGGCUACUGGAAAUGGUCGAGGGGUUGUCGGAGUCACGUUCACCUCUAGCCACUGUAGAAAGGACCGGCCAACACCACAGAGAGUGAACUUCAACCUGAGAGGGCACAACAGCGAGGUGGUGUUGGUGCGAUGGAACGAGCCUUUCCAAAAAUUGGCCACCUGCGACACAGAUGGAGGAAUUUUUGUUUGGAUCCAAUAUGAGGGUCGGUGGUCUGUGGAGCUGGUCAACGACCGUGGAGCUCAGGUGAGUGACUUCACCUGGUCCCACGACGGCACCCAGGCUCUCAUCUCGUACCGUGACGGCUUUGUCCUGGUGGGGUCAGUCAGUGGCCAGAGACACUGGUCCUCCGAGAUCAACCUGGAAAGUCAGAUCACCUGUGGUAUCUGGACGCCUGAUGACCAGCAGGUGUUGUUUGGUACUGCAGACGGACAGGUGAUAGUGAUGGACUGCCACGGGCGUAUGCUGGCCCACAUACUGUUGCACGAGUCAGAUGGCAUUGUCAGCAUGUCGUGGAACUACCCUAGUUUCCUAGUCGAGGACAGCAGCGAGAGUGAAACAGACUCCGACGACUACUCACCACCACAAGUGCACAGUCAGAAGCCCCUGCUGACGGUCAGCUUCACCUCUGGAGACAUCAGCCUGAUGAACAACUACGACGACCUCUCACCCACUCUCAUUCACACCAAUCUAAAAGAUGUAGUGGUUCAAUGGUGCUCACAGGGGGACCUCAUGGCAGUGGCAGGGAUGGAGAGGACCGUCUUUUCCCCUGAUUCAUCUUGUCCUCUCCUCACCAGGAAUGCAAUUGUAAAGUUUUACAAUGUCCAGGGUGAUCACAUCUACACACUGGACACGCCAGCACAGCGGCCCAUCACUACGCUGUGCUGGGGUCACAGGGACACCCGUCUCUUCCUGGCCUGUGGUCCAGCUCUUUAUGUUGUCCGAGUGGAGCACCGCGUCGCCAGCCUGCAGCUCCUCUGUCAGCAGGGCAUUGCCACAGCAGUGAAGGAGGAGAAAGACGUGGCCAAGCUGACCAUGCCAUCUCGCCUCUGUUCAUAUGUCACUUCUGCUUUUAGUCCCACCAUUAAGCCUCCAAUCCCAGAUCCCAACAACAUGCGUGAUUUUGUCAGCUAUCCAACAUCUGGGAACGAGCGUCUGCACUGUACCAUGAAACGCACGGAGGAUAACCCCGAGGUGGGGGGGCCGUGCUUCACUCUGUAUUUGGAGUACCUGGGGGGUCUGGUACCAAUCCUCAAGGGCAGAAGAAUCAGUAAAUUGCGACCAGAGUUUGUCAUCAUGGACCCAAAAACUGAUGGGAAAACAGAUGAGAUAUACGGCAGCAGCCUGAUAUCUGCCAUGAUUGACAGCUGUAACUGCUCUGACUCCAGUGACAUUGAGCUGAACGAUGACUGGGUCGGCAAGAAGUCUCCAAAGAUAUCCAGGGGCAGCAAGUCCCCUAAAUUACCCAGAGACUUAGUUUGUCCCUUUACCAACAGAAUCAACAUUGAUCCCAGGAAAUCACCUAAAUUAUCCCGGGCUACACAGGAGAUCUCGAGGUCACCGCGCUUACCUAUACGCAAACCCUCAAUCGGUUCACCCAGUCUGGCACGGAGGGAAUUUCCUUUGGAUGAUAUCACUCAGCAAAAUUACCUCGCUCAGGUCACCUCUAAUAUUUGGGGAACAAAGUUCAAGAUAGUUGGGCUGGCUGCAUUCUUGCCAACUAAUUUAGGAGCAGUCAUCUACAAGACGAGCCUCCUCCAUCUGCAGCCUAGACAAAUGACCAUCUACCUGCCAGAGGUGCGCAAGAUCUCCUUGGAUUACAUCAAUCUGCCCGUCUUCAGUCCCAACGUCUUUAGUGAGGAUGAGGAUGACCUGCCUGUUACGGGGCCUGCAGGGGGUGCUGAUGACAAUCCCCCUUGCACUGUCAACAUCCCUAUUGCUCCCAUUCAUAGUCCAGCUCAGGCCAUGUCCCCUGCUCAAAGCAUUGGCCUAGUCCAGUCACUUUUAGCCAAUCAGAAUGUUCAACUUGAUGUUUUAACAAAUCCCACUGCGCCCCCUGCUGGUGCAGCUGCCAGUGGCUCAGACCAAAGUCAGGACACCAUGCUGACAGCACAGUACACAGUUCCUACUAGGUACUCUAGUCCUGGUCAAGUGAUCUUUGGAGGACUAGAAAUGGGCCGUCUAAUGGUUGGACCUCCACCUUCUCACCAUUCUUUGCAACAACAACAAAAUCAGCAGCAGCAGCAGCAACAACAACAACAACUUCAGCACCAACAACAACUACAACAACAACAACAACAACUUCAGCACCAACAACAGCUCCAACAGCAGCAGCAGAUGCUUCAGCAGCAACACUUUCAACAGCACAUCCAACAGCUCCAGCACCUGCAGCAGCAGCAACAUCAUCAACAGCAACUCCACCAUCAUUUACAGCAACAACAGCAACUGCAGCAGCAGCAACAACAACAGCAGCAGCAGCAACAGCAACAACAACAGCACCAGCAGCAACAACAACAACAACAGCAACAGCAGCAGCAGCAGCAACAACAACAACAAAUUCAGUACCAACAACAACAAUUACACCAUCAACAAUUUCAGCAUCAGAUGCAGCUCCAGCAGCAGUUUCAGUUGCAACUCACUGUUCCAUCAAUUUCUUCAGGGCAGCCUACUAGUGUGGCUGUGCACCACUUACAGCCAGGGGCGCUGCAGAUACAGAUCCCUCAUCCACCUGCUGAUUUAGUGGUUGAGAGAGCAGUGGGCAGCGAACACGAGCACCUACUGAAAAUCAAAACCUCUCGGCCUGCUCCGCAGCUGGCCGAAGGUGAUACAGUGGUGUUCAGUGCCCCGCUGGAGCUCAGCAAGAUGAACCCUCCACCUCCAUAUCCUGGGACAACUUCUUCUGCGGCUGCUGCUAUGGCAGCAUCGGCCUCCUCUGCCGCUUCCAAUGCAACAUCAGGAGCAGGUGGAGGCACCAGCGGGACACCUCCACCUCCUGCUGGUGACAUUUGUUUGAAGAAGGGAGACUUUCAAUCCUAUCCUUCGGGACAGCAACAAGCACAGUACCCCACACCGCUGGGAUAUGAAAGGAUAACAACGUUUGACAGCAGUGGAAACGUGGAGGAAGUAUGUCGUCCUCGGACCCGACUCAUCUGCAAUCAGAACGUCUACUCGCUCCAAGUACCUGGCAGUUCUGCCACUCUCAGGGUCACCUCUUCAUCGUCCUCCCCUUCUGAUAAGAAGGUCCAACUACCCUACACUUCUGCCACUCUCAACAGACUCACUGCACCUCGCUAUUCCAUACCCAGUGGAGACCCACCCCCAUAUCCUGACACGGCUAACCAGAACAGUGCCGUUGGCCGAAAUCCCGGACAGAGGCUCGACAGCAGCCUGAUCCACGCCACUCUCAGGAGGAACAGCCGAGAGGCUGCUCUUAAAGUUUCCCAAAUGCUGGAACCACCUCGACCACUGCCCCCCAAGGCUAAAAACAGUGCACUAGCAGCCUCAUUUCAACAGAGAUUUCCCACCGCCUUAUAUACCUGCAGUCAGUGUAGCAGUGGAUCAAGUAUUAGUGGAACUGUUCCAGGAAGUGCCAACGGGAUUGCAGGAGGGACAAUUAUCAGACAAGAUUUUCCUCCUAGAAACGGGGCACCACACAGCACAGUAAUUGUUCACUCGAACAGCUCCGCUGCUCUGGCCUCUCAGUCGUCUUACAACCUACUCAGCUCUUAUGAGGCAUCUGGGGCUGGAGCAGCACGAGGCAGUGCCAGAGACAGGACUGAUUAUGUCAAUUCUGCAUAUAGUGAAGAUGAGACACUGAAUCAGACUCUGAGGCAUCUGUCAUUAGGAGGUAAUGAUGCAUCAGGGUUUGUUGUCAAACACCCACCUCCUUAUCAGUGGGACCCAGUUGCCACAGAGGAGGUGUGGGUUCCUCAGGAGCGAACAGCAGCAUUAAAUGCCCCUGGUGUUUCCGGACCCCACAAACCACCCCCACCUAUUCUUAGCCCCACUCAGCACUUGGAUAUGUCAAGGCUGCCAUUUGUGCUUUCUCCAAAGUCCUCCUCCACCCCCAGUGCUGCAUCAUUUCAAGCUGCAGCAGCAGCUGCAGGUUACCAGAUCUCACUCCAGUACCCUCCAGCCUCUGCCUACUCUGGUUCCCCACACCCAAGCUCCUCCACAAAGGAGGGAAUGGCACCUGUGCCCAUCUCACAGCAGGAUGCAACCAUCGUCUUUCCGCCAGGUUAUCCUGCUAACCUUGCAAACCUGGCUUGCUGCUCACUCCCGCCCAUGUAUCCAGGAGGAAGCUCGUGUUCUGGGCUUCCUAUCCCUCCAAUUUCUCUCCACACUCCUUGGGGUACCUAUAGCUCUUGUCCACCUAUGCCCAGUCCUGCAGUGCCGCUUCCGCCCAAAGCUUCCCACAUGACAGCGGACAAAAAGGUUCUCUCGCCUCCCCCCCCCCCCCCUCCUCCCCCACCACCCCCUCCUCCCCCCCCACCGCCUCCUCCACCACCACCACUACCACCAGCAGAAUUACAGAACCAUGGAGGAUUACCAGAGAAUAUUGGAGAAGCAGGAGAUGGUUUUCAGGAAGUGCUGUCCUUAACUGAGAGCCCGGUACCACAACGGUCGGAGAAGUUCGGCAAGAAGAAUAGAAAACGCGGGGAUGGUCGCACUGACGAGGCUAAUGUUCCUCCUCUUGCUGAAGGGGGCAAGACCAAGAAGGAGGGCAGAGCUUUGGGGGAUUUUAACUCCCUCAUCUCCAGUCCUCGACUUGGAGGAAGGGACAAGAAGAAGUUAAAGGGACAGAAGGAGCAGCAGCUGAAAACCAAGAAGUUGAGUAAGGCCACUGCCAACAGUGAGUUCCAGGACAGUUCGGAAAGUGAACCAGAACUGUUCAUCAGUGGGGACGAACUACUCAAUCAGUGCCAGAGCAGCAAGAAGGGGUGGAAGAGCAAGAGAAACCUCAGAGCUGCCAACGAUUUUGAUGAGAUCAAGUGUCGAAAAGCCAACGAGAAAGAGGACAGAGGCCUGGGGAGCCAAGGUUUUGUUUAUAUCAUGGCCAACAAGCAGCCGCUGUGGAAUGAAGCCACACAGGUCUACCAGCUGGACUUUGGAGGGCGUGUCACCCAGGAAUCUGCCAAAAACUUUCAAAUUGAACUGGAAGGUAGACAGGUGAUGCAGUUUGGCAGGAUUGAUGGCAAUGCUUACAUCCUGGACUUUCAGUAUCCCUUCUCAGCUGUUCAGGCCUUCGCUGUGGCUCUGGCCAACGUCACUCAACGCCUAAAAUGACACCUCCCAUCUCUACUUUCCCUGAGCUGUGUGUUGGACUUUGAUUGUGUUUGUAUGCAAUCUGUUAAAAGGGGGCACCUGUGUUUUCAUUUGAGAUUAUUGAUCUUUGAUUUCUGAGAGAGGAAAAAAAUGCCCUGGUCAAAGAAAGAAAUACAAUCAUGCUGCACUACUCAAUGCUGCCACUAGAAUUGGUGCAAUAAGCAUUGGCUGCAUUUACCAAGGGGAGCCCCAGAUUUUCUCUGUUUGGAAAUUGCUGGCACCUUGCAGUGCAUGUAGAGCCAAAGAGUCAGGCUUUGGUAAUCGUCAUGCAAAUAAAUGCUGCUUUAGGUAGAAGUCAUGUAAAAACAAGAGAACAAGUUGUCUGACGAGAGAGAAAAUGUCAGGAUGUAGUUUUUUAAAGGGGCAGCAGUAAUACUUGAAAACCACUCUGGAGAGAAUUUUCUUUUAUCCAGAGAGCACAGGUACUACUGGGCACUGAAAUCCAUUGCUGUACAAAGUUCAGUGAAUCAGUUACCACUAGAUUUUUUUUUUUUUUUUUAUUGACUAAAAAUGGUGGGGGGUACGACGGCCUUUUUUGUUUUGUUUUUUCUCUCUGCCAUUCCUUCUGCUCAGUCUACCUGGGCUGAAAUUGAGUUUAGGAUAUAUGCAUCAGCUCAGAGUUGACACUUUUUCACUGUCAAUGAGUGUUCGAGUUGAGAUAGAGUCGUUUUCCCUUGGUUUCCUGGGACAAUGAAGGACAAAAAGGUUUCUCUGUUUCAUUUAUUAAUUUAUGUACAUUUUGUUGUCUUGUCGAACUUAAAUUUACAGCAUUAGCAUUCUUUGUGUUACACGAUCUUUAAACCCCGUCAGUUAAACAUUUUCCUUGCUUUAUUUGAGGGACUGGAAACUGAAUAUGAACAUUGCUGUGUAGUAUGGAGUACUGAGGUUGUGCGGAAUAGUUCGGACUGACGUCUCCUGUUCUUAGUAAGAAGUGUCUGUGUACGGUGACAUGGGCGAUCGAACAACUUAAUCUCUGGGAUGAAGUGAUGUGUCACCUGCUGUCACUUCUGUGAAGUGCGUUUGUCAUUGGGGGAAGCUGUCCCUGCUCUUAUAGACUACACUGAACAUGUCAAAGCAAGGUACAGGAAAUAUUUUUGUAUAUUCCAUUGUUGCCAUUUCAUACUCUUUUCAGACGUUGUGUAAAUACAUAUCAGCACUGUUUAGAUGCAGAGACCGCGAUGACUUUGCAAAGGUCGGUUGACUUUCACAUGGUGUAAAGUGAAGCUGUAGUACUAUUAAACUAUACAGCGACAAACUCAGAAAAUAGUUGUAGCUGCCGGCUGAGAUCUUUGUCACUGAAUCAUUGAAAUCAGAGUUCCAAUGAAGGAUGAAGCUAUGGAAAUCUUUUCACAUAGCAAGCUGACACUGAACUCUGAGAAGCUGGUUAUUGUUUUCUGUAAGGCAGUGACACUUUACCUGUGCGACACCAUAUCUGUCUGUAGGCAAAUACUCUUAACAGCCAAAUACUCUGGAAAAAGGCGGUAAUGUUUAGACUUGUUGAGAUAAGGCCUUACCUGUAGAGGUCACCUUGAUCAUUUGUGCCAAAAUAUGAAUUUGCCGAAAUCAGAAUUGGAGAAAUAGGGAAAAAGGUGGGAUUAAUGUCUUCUGAGAAAGACAUUAAUUAAUUAUUUCAGACCAUCUGCUUUGGUCUUGUCCAGGAGUGUAUUGCAUUCUCUGAAAACAAAUUCUGAAUAAAUAAGAUCAUUUUUGUUGAUUUUGAAUUUGUAGAAUUUUGUCCCUUUUGGUUAAAAUUGAAAUAAACAUUUUUAACUAAAAAAAAGAGACCAAAUUGAUAAGCAGUUCAAUUUUUAUGUGCAUUAAUUAUCUUAUUAAUUCAGAAACGUUUUUAUUUAUUAAGUUGAUGCCAUACACUUCUGUAGUUUCUUGAAUUUAGGAGAUUGUACACAUUAGCGUGUCCAUACUACACCAAAAUGCAUGUUUGUCAGAAGAGGGUUUGAAAAAGUAGAGAUAAUAAGAAUCACUACUAAGACAAUUGAAUAUAAUAGCAUGUCAUAAAAUUCUCACCAUUUGUGUUAGUUGUGCAAUAUUUUCUUUGAGGGGAAAAAGUCCUUUGUCAUCAUUUAUUUUAGUUUUGUUUUUUGUUUGUUUGUUUGUUUUUUAUCAAUUGACCACAGUUUGAUACUGUAGAUUUGGCUCAGCCUCUCAGUUGCUGGUCUGUAUAUUUUAAUUUAUGAGAUUAUUUCCUAAAGGAGAUAUGAAUAUGUUUUAUACUUGUGGAGUUUCUGAACAUUUUUUGUUUUGGGAAAAAAACCUUUUCUUUUUUUUUUUUCAAAAUGAAGCUCAUGUUUUAUGAUCCAAAUGUGGGAUUGGUGGGUCGGGAGGGGUAACAUUUGUCUGUGUUUCGUGAUGUUUGCAUCUGAAUGAAAAAGAUGUGAAUGAGUUAGUGCCCGGUUUAGUGUAGCUGGUAGACUAGUCACGUAGAGUGUAACUGUCAAGUCAAGGUGUGUCUGUAGUCCACUGUGCAGUCUACCAAUCCCAACAGUGUAAAGCCUCUCUUCAUAUGUGUGUAUGUGCACACACACUCAUCCAUUUACAGGUAAAAGCCACUGAGUUCUUGUUCAGAGUUGCUUCUGGACUUAGGUCAACAAUUCACUUCAAACUGAUUUUUUUGAGACAACCUGUUGUAGAUAUUGUAGGAUUUUGGCUUUUGUUUAGAGAAGAUACUGUGCUUUGUAUUUGUAGAUGUAGACUCAAAUGACAAAAAAAAUCACUUAAAAAACUGAGUCUGGUUUGGUGACUGAACGUUUAUAGUGAAUGGAUAGUAAGGCAUGCCAUGUAAAUUAUUUUAUAACUAUAUAUGUCAAGCAUCUUUUGAAUAAAAUGUCAUUGUUUCAGAAAAAAUGUUUACUACCGUGUCUGAUUUAUUCACUACAAUAGCUUGGAUUCUAAGACUUGUACAAACAUUGUAUUUCAAUUUCGUUG